AUGUAUUUUCUUACUGAAUAUUAUGAACUUUAUUUUUAUAGUUUUUUUAUUUUAUUAGUAAGUAGUAUUAUUUUGUUAUUAUGUUAUGUAAUAACAUUAAAGAAUGCAUACACAGAGAAAAAUUAUGGUUAUGAGUGUGGAUUUGAUCCAUUUUCAGAUGCAAGAAAUCCAUUCCAUGUAAAGUUUUAUCUUAUUUCUAUCAUAUUUAUAAUUUUUGAUGUAGAAGUUGCUUUUUUUUUUCCUUGGUCUAUUUGUAUAAAAGAACUGAUGUUCUUUGGUUAUUAUACAAUGUUCUUAUUUUUAUUUAUACUGUUAAUAGGUUUUAUUUAUGAAUGGAAAAAAGGGGCAUUGGAAUGGGAAUAG